ACUCCAUAACCGCUUGGGUUGAGGUGAGUCAGUGAGUCAGUGACAGCUAAAACUUGGAGGGGUGGAACGGUAUCGUGAGCUUGUGAUCCUUGUUGAGCUUUCUUUCAUGGCAGUAAACUAAUAAUGAUUAUAAUGUGUAGGAAGUGGUUCAGUAAUAAAAAGACUUGUGCUAAAAAAGGAUUGAACUAACACGGCUCCACACUAGUUUUCUUGCAUCUAAAGUUACGUUUUCCUUAAUUUACGUCAUAGUUCCUUAAUUUACGUCACAUCUCCUUUGUUCCCGGGAUUUCAGUGAGAAGACUAAGACCAAUGGUGUGCCAAAAUGGCAGCAACUUUGAACCUUUAAGAAAAAUUCUAAAAAAAACACAACGUUGUGUUCGCUAAUAAAUGUUAGGUUAUGGGCACUUAAAGCAGUUUGAAUGACGUAAUGACUAAACGCAGUGCUUUAAAAGUAGAUAAAACUACAAACAGUAGUCAGUAGCAGAUUAAUUUUUUUUCGAGACUAAGACAUGAUAAUUUACGAUUAGUGAGUUAAAAAUGGACGAAUGAUCAUCUGUUUUUAUUUAUUUAUUUUUCAUUUUAACUUUUAGUACAUCAAUACAACAGGGGCUCGAGUGUGUACAAAGGAAUUGUACGACUCAAAGUACGACCCUCUCUCCGUAUCAUAUACUGUCUUGUCAGGUAAAGGGCGACAUCCUUAUUAGACUAGAAACUCUUUUACACAGAUACAGCUAACUUAAUAUCAAUUAACCAACAAUAUUAACCUGAAAGGCGGUGCUUAGGGUAGUCUUAAACCGGAUUCACAAUGGUCAGAAAUGGGUGUUUUUCCUCUCACAUGGCUUAUUAGAGACACGUAGAUGAUUAUGAAAUAUUCCGAAUGAGAAUAAACUUGGCAGGAACAUAGUAAAAGAAAGUCCACAUGUAUUAAUGGUAGUUUUAUACUUUUGAUUGACAGCAUGACGUCAUAAGUGAUGUUGAAACAUGGCGCUAAAAUUUAGAAUUAAUUAUUUGACUUAAAUAACUUUAUAAAUAAAAUCUAUAAAAAAAAACGGAGCUUUCUGGUGAAAACCCCACUUAAAUCCGUUAAAUUGUGGCAAAGUUAGAGCUGAUUAAAGACUUUCAAAUUUCCCGCCAAAUGUAUGGAAUUAACUAUAUAUGGUCAAACUUUAGGGGUAUUUAAACUCUAGCUUAUUAAACGAAACAGUAAGGAAACUAAGCGAACCAUGCAUAAAAGCAAAUUUGUAGUUUUUUUAAAUUUGGGACAUGGGGUGUCAGGUUGCAUGUUACAUCAUUUCAUACCAUGUUGACGUCAUAUUUACGUGUUGAUAACGUCAGAAGUGAAAAUACCUAUAGAGUCCCAAAUUCAAAAAAACUACAAAUUUUCUCCAGUGUGUUAUCCGCUAUUUUUCUUUUAACUUUCAUUUAUUGUCUUGAACUGGAAGCCUCCCUAAAGUUUUACCAUAUAAGGUAAUAAAACAAUUAAAUUAUUUAAAUUCCUUCUUUUAUUGUCAGGCACAAAAUAGCUUGUAACUUUUUCCCGUUUUAAUGGAUUUUAACGGGGUUUUCACUGGAAAGCUUCACUCUGAUCACAGAACACCUCUAUGUGGUUUUUCUGACGUUUUUUAAAAUUUUUAUUUUUAUUUUGGCACCAAAUUUGGAAACUAUUUGUGACGUCACAAUGCCCAUCAAGACUGUCAACUUGCCACCCAAAAAAAUGUGAAUCUCUCAAGCAACAAUCCUGCCAAGUUUCAUGCCAUUUGGAAAAUUCUUCACGUCCCUGAGACCUACGUGGGAGGAAAAACACCUAUUUCUGACCAUCGUGUUAUCCCAUCACCCAUUAAAGCGUAGAUGACAUUGCAAGGGUAGAUUUCUUUUAUUGAGACGCCUCAGUGUGACAAAGUUUUCUUUGUUGCAGUUGUGAAGCACUUUUUGAAAUUGAUGCGCAUAAAUUGGUACACUGUAUAUACUGUUAGUAUGGUUUCAUGCAGCUUUUAAGUGUCUUUAGCUCAGAUUAAAGGUAGGAUCUCGAUAUAUUUAUGUUUAUCAAACGUAAGGCACAUAGAGUGAUAACUAUUCGAGGUAAUUGGGUAUCUUAAUUCCACAAAUGUUGCAUCUAUUUCCCAGGUAUUUGCCAGCCAGGUUGGAGCUAUUUUAGUGGCUACUGUUACUUCACAAGUCGCACUUGUGGCUCGUGGCUCACUGCAGUAUCAAACUGUUCGGAGAUGAGUUCCAGUUUGGUAACAGUUCACAACCAGAAUGAAAACGUCUAUAUUCAACACCGUCCCAACGGAGAGAGAUCCUGGAUCGGACUCAAUGACCGAAGUGUGGAGGGCUCCUUUGUGUGGGCAAACAAAGAAAUAAGUAGUUUUAGGUUCUGGGCCCCACAGCAACCGAACGACUGGAAAAACGAAGAUUGUGUUCACACCCUUGGCGCCAGGCAUGGUUACACUUGGAAUGAUGUGCCUUGUCAUAACUGCUAUAACUACACUUGUUUUAAAGGUAUUAGGCACACCAAGAUCAUUAAUAAUUAUGUUUUAUGGACCUCAGUUAGCAGAUAGUGCCCCAAGACAUUCAACUACAUUAACUUUGAAUUAUAUAUUAAAUGGUUCAACGAACAUGAGCUCAGGGCAAGUUUUGUAAGAUCCUUUCUGCGAGUCACGUUUUUCCCAUAUGUUAUUUUCUCUCGACAGUUAGUUACACAGCUAUAUACAAAGGAAAGAAAUUCUUAACUUUUAAGACAGGAUAAAAGAAAAGAUUGUUUAAUCUCUUCACUAUGUGAUUUUCCCUUUUAGACUUGGAUGAAUGUACCACUGGUUCCCAUUCUUGUGACGCCAAUUCCGUUUGCCAGAAUAACGCGGGUUCAUACACAUGCUCGUGUAAUGCCGGGUACACAGGAGAUGGAAAAACCUGCAAUGGUAUGUUAGAUAAUAAUUAAACUGAGGCCGCGUCCACACGAAUCGGGGCACUUUUGAAAUUACAUAUCUUUUUUCCCAGAUUCGUGCAAACGGGGUCUUAAACCACUCUGAGCGGUUUUAAAAAGAUGCGGUUUCGGUGAGCGGAUUCACUGGUUUCGUGUUGACGGAAUGCCGAUUCGUGUAAAAAAAAAAAACAAACAAACAAACAAAAAGGAAAAGGCAGUUCUCAAACAUAUCCGGUUCGUGUGGACGGAUUCUGAGAAGGCAGAAAAGUCAAACAAUGGCUGAAGGGUGCAAUUCCUACGCGGUGUGAAAUAAACCAUUAACACUGUCACCUGACUUGUUUCGCAGAAAAAAAAAUGGAUACUUUGACCUUAGCGACCAGGUGAAAACUAUCAGGUAGAUAAUUCAAAAUACUUCUGCGUUUCUGAUUGCGUAUUCCUCCCGCUAAUUUUUCAAGACCAGCUACCGUUAACCAAAUGUGGAAGUUGUUUGCAGAUAUCCUCAGAGAUGAGACUCGUAAGACAUCCGCUUGGAGACCUAGGGGCCGCAGCUAGUUACGCCGUUUCUCUCGACUCGACUGAGGCCCCGGCUAUACGAAUCCAGAAACCGCAUAUUUAUUUACACAACCUUAUUCGUAUGGACGAGAACUUAAACCUAUCUGGAGCGCGGUUUAAAAAAAGAUGCGGCUUCGGUGAAAGGAUUCAUAGGUUUUACGUGUGCGAAAGGACGGUUCGUGUUAAAAAAAAAAAAAAAAAAUGGCUGUUCCAAAAAUAUCCGGAUUUGUGGAACCUGGCUUGACUGCCCCUGGGUUCCCAAGAAUUUUAACGAAGGCUUGGUAGUUCGGUUUUGGUAGUGCUGGAGAAAAUGACGAAGAAAAAAAAAAGAGAGCCGAACUACUGCCUAACGGCGGUAAUGGGUUCAUGAUAACCGUCACGAAUAUAGAGACAUUAAGUGACCACUAAGCCCACUAUAAGAAUGCUAAUGUAAUUGCUGUAGUUACUGUAGUUGGUGUAGUAGCUGUAGUUGGUGUAGUUAGUGUAGUUGGUAUAGUAGCUGUAGUUGCUGUAGUUGGUGUAGUUGCUGUAGUUUCUGUAGUUAAUGUAGUUGGUGUCGUUGCUGUAGUUGAUGUAGCUCCUGUAGUUGGUGUAGUUGGUGUAGUAGCUGUAGUUGGUUUAGUACCUGUAGUUGGUGUAGUAAGUGUAGUUGGUGUAGUAGCUGUAGUUGGUGUACUUAGUGUAGUUGGUGAAGUAGCUGUAGCUGCUGUAGUUGGUGUAGUAGCUGUAGUUUGUGUAGUUGCUGUAGUUGCUGUAGUUGGUGUAGUUAAUGUAGUUGCUGUAGUUGAUGUAGUUACUGUAGUUGCUGUAGUUGGUAUAGUAGCUGUAGUUGGUGUAGUUGGUGUAGUUGCUAUAGUUGCUGUAGUUGGUGUAGCUAAUGUAGUUGCUGUAGUUGCUGUAGUCAAUGUAGUUACUGUAGUUGCUGUAGUUGGUGUAGUAGCUGUAGUUGGUGUAGUUGCUGUAGUUUCUGUAGUUGGUGUAGUAGCUGUAGUUUCUGUAGUUGGUGAAGUAGCUGUAGUUGGUGUAAAUGCUGUAGUUGGUGUAGUUAAUGUAGUUGGUGUACUUGCUGUAGUUGAUGUAGUUACUGUAGUUGGUGUAGUUAGUGUAGUAGCUGUAGUUAGUGUAGUAGCUGUAGUUGGUGUAGUAGCUGAAGUUGGUGUAGUAGCUGUAGUUGGUGUAGUAAGUGUAGUUGGUGUAGUGGCUGUAGAUAGCGUAGCAACUGUAGUUGGUGUAGUUAGUGUAGUUGGUAUAGUACCUGUACUUGCUGUAGUUGGUGUGGUUGCUGUAGUUGCUGUAGUAGCUGUAGUUGAUGUAGUUCCUGUAGUAGCUGUAGUUGAUGUAGUAGCUGUAGUUGGUGUAGUAAGUGUAGUUGGUGUAGUAGCUGUAGUUCGUGUAGUUGGUGUAGUAGCUGUAGUUCCUGUAGUUGCUGUAGGUGCUGUAGUUGAUGUAGUUACUGUAGUUGCUGUAGUUGAAGUAGUACCUGUAGUUGGUGUAGUAGCUGUAAUUGGUGUAGUUAGUGUAGUUGCUGUAGUUGGUGAAGUAGCUGUAGUAGGUGUAGUUGGUGUAGUAGCUGUAGUUCGUGUAGUUGGUGUAGUAGCUGUAGUUCCUGUAGUUGAUGUAGUUGCUGUAGGUGCUGUAGUUGAUGUAGUUAGUGUAGUUGCUGUAGUUGGUGUAGUUGUUGUAGUUAGGAUAGUUGCUGUAGUUACUGUAAUUGCUGUAGUUGCUGUAGCUGGUGUAGUAGCUGUAAUCGGUGUAGUAGCUGUAGUAGCUGUAGUUGCUGUAGUUAGUGUACAUGGUGUAGUAGCUAAAGUUGCUGUAGCUGGUGUAGUAGCUGUAGUAGCUGUAGUAAGUGUGGUUGGUGUAGUAGCUCUUGUAGGUGUAGUUGGUGGAGUUGCAGUAGCUAGUGUAGUUGGUGUAGUUGGUGUAGUUAGUGUAGUAGCUGUAGUUGGUGUAGUAGCUGUAGUUGGUGUAGUUAGUGUAGUUGCUGUAGUACCUGAAGUUGGUGUAGUUAGUAUAGUUGCUGUACUUGGUGUAGUAGCUGUAGUUAGUGUAGUUGCUGUAGUUGCUGUAGUUGAUGUAGUUAGUGUAGUGGUGUAGUUACUCUAGUUGUUGUAGUUGCUGUAGAUGUUGUAGUAGCUGUAGUUGGUGUAGUAGCUGUAGUUGGUGUAGUUAGUGUAGUUGUUGUAGUUGGUGUAGUAGCAGUAGUUGGUGUAGUUAGUGAAGUUCCUGUAGUUAGUGUAGUUGCUGUAGUUGCUGUAAAUAGUGUAGUUGGGGCAGUUGGUGUAGUUGGUGUAGUUGCUGUAGUAGCUGUAGUUGGUGUAGUUAGUGUAGUUUGUGUAGUUGGUGUAGUAGCUGUAGUUGGUGUAGUUGCUGUAGUUGCUGUAGUUGUGGUAGAUUGUGUAGUUGGUGUAGUUAGUUUAGUUGGUGUAGUUAGUGUAGUUUGUGUAGUUGGUGUAGUUGGUGUAGUUAGUGUAGUUUUGUGUAGUGGGUGUAGUUUGGUGUAUUUGGUGUUGUUUGGUGUAGUUUUGUGUAGUUGGAGUAAUUUGGUGUAGUUUGGUUUAGUAGGUUUAGUUUGGUGUAGUUUGGCGUAGUUGAUGUAGUUUGGUGUAGUUUUUUGGUGUAGUAGUUGUGUUGGUGUAGUUUUGUGUAGUUGGGUGUAGUAGGUGUAGUUUGGUGUAGUUUGGUGUAGUUUUGUGUAGUUGGUGUAGUUUGGUGUACUUUGGUGUAGUUUGGUGUACUUUGGUGUAGUUUUGUGUAGUUGGUGUAAUUUGGUGUAGUUUGGUUUAGUAGGUUUCGUUUGGUGUAGUUUUGUGUAGUUGAUGUAGUUUGUGUAGUUGGUGUAUUUAGUGUAGUUGUUACCCAAAACUGAACCAAACUACACCACCUGCAUCAAACUUGACCAUCUACACAACACCACACGAAACAACAUCUACUAAACCCAACUACACCAAACUACACAAACUACACAAAACCACACCAGUUACUAUACCAGUUACUACACUAGUUUGGUGUAGUAAGUGUAGUUUGUUGUAGGUUGGUGUAGUUUUGUGUAGUUAGUGUAGUUUGGUGAAGUUUUGUGAAGUUUUGUGUAGUUGGUGUAGUUUUGUGUAGUUUGGUGUAGUUUGGUUUUGUAGAUGUUGUUUCGUGUGGUGUUGUGUAGAUGGUCAAGUUUGAUGCAGGUGGUGUAGUUNUGUAGUUUGUGUAGUUGGUGUAUUUAGUGUAGUUGUUACCCAAAACUGAACCAAACUACACCACCUGCAUCAAACUUGACCAUCUACACAACACCACACGAAACAACAUCUACUAAACCCAACUACACCAAACUACACAAACUACACAAAACCACACCAGUUACUAUACCAGUUACUACACUAGUUUGGUGUAGUAAGUGUAGUUUGUUGUAGGUUGGUGUAGUUUUGUGUAGUUAGUGUAGUUUGGUGAAGUUUUGUGAAGUUUUGUGUAGUUGGUGUAGUUUUGUGUAGUUUGGUGUAGUUUGGUUUUGUAGAUGUUGUUUCGUGUGGUGUUGUGUAGAUGGUCAAGUUUGAUGCAGGUGGUGUAGUUUGGUUCAGUUUUGGGUAACAACUACACUAAAUACACCAACUACACAAACUACACCAACUGCACAUACUACACCAAUUACAUAUACUAAACCAACUACAUAUACUACACCAACAACAGUAACUACACGAACUACACUAACUACACCAACUACAGCAACUACACCAACUACAUAUACUACACCAACUACACAUACUACACUAACCUAACUACAGCUACUACAGCAGCUACUACAGCAACUACAGCAACUACAGCAACUACAGCAACUACACUAACUACAGCUACUACAGCAACUACAUCAACUACAGCAAGUACACAAACUACACUAGCUACACCAAUUACACCAACUACAGCAACUACGGCAACUACACUAACUACACCAACUACAGCUACUACACCAACUACAGCUACUACGCCAACUACAGCAACUACAAGAACUACAGCAACUACACUAAGUACACCAAUUACAGCAACUACAGCAACAACACCAACUACACCAACUACACCAACUACAGCUACUACACCAACUACACCAACUACAGCUACUACACCAACUACAGCUACUACACCAGCUACAAUAACUACAGUCACUACACCAACUACACUUACAACAUCAACUACACCAACUACAGCAACUACAGUAACUACACCAACUACAGCAACUAUACUAACUACACCAACUACAGCUACUACACGAAUUACAGCAACUACAUCAACUACAGCUAAUACACCAACUACACCUGCUACAGCUGCUACACCAACUACACCAACUACACUAACUACACUUACUACAGCUACUACACCAACUACAGCUACUACGCCAACUACAGCAACUACAAGAACUACAGCAACUACACUAAGUACACCAAUUACAGCAACUACAGCAACAACACCAACUACACCAACUACACCAACUACAGCUACUACACCAACUACACCAACUACAGCUACUACACCAACUACAGCUACUACACCAGCUACAAUAACUACAGUCACUACACCAACUACACUUACAACAUCAACUACACCAACUACAGCAACUACAGUAACUACACCAACUACAGCAACUAUACUAACUACACCAACUACAGCUACUACACGAAUUACAGCAACUACAUCAACUACAGCUAAUACACCAACUACACCUGCUACAGCUGCUACACCAACUACACCAACUACACUAACUACACUUACUACAGCUACUACACCAACUACAGCUACUACGCCAACCUCAGCUACUACACCAACUACACUAACUACACUAGCUACAGUAAUUACAGCAACUACAGUAACUACACCAACUACACCGACUACAGCUUCUACACCAACUACACCCAUUACAGCUACUACACCAACUACAGCAACUACAUCAACUACAGCAACUACACUAACUACACCAAUUACAGCUACUACACCAACCACAGCUACUACAUCAACUAGAGCAACUACAGUAACUACAUCAACUACAGCAACUACACUAACUACAUUAACUACACCAACUACAACAACUACACCAACUACAGCAACUACACCAACUACACCAACUACACUAACUACACCUACUACAGCUACUACACCAACUACACUAACUACACCAACUACAGCAACUACAGCUACUACACCAAUUACAGCUACUACACCAACUACAGCUACUACACCAACUACACAUACUACACCAACUACACUAACUACACCAACUACACUAACUUCACCAACUACAGCAACUACAGCAACUAUAGCAACUACAGCAACUACACUAACUACAGCUACUACAGCAACUACAUCAACUACAUCAAGUACACAAACUACACUAGCUACACCAAUUACACCAACUACAGCAACUACGGCAACUACACUAACUACACCAACUACAGCUACUGCACCAACUACAGCUACUACGCCAACUACAGCAACUACAUCAACUACACCAACUACACCAACUACACCAACUACACUAACUACACCAAUUACAACAACUACACCAACUACACCAACUACAGCUACUACACCAACUAUAGCAACUACAGCAACUACAUCAACUACAGCAACUACACCAACUACACCAAACUACACCAACUACACCAACUACAGCUACUACACCAACUACAGCUACUACACGAGCUACAGCAACUACAGUUACUACACCAACUACACUUACAACAUCAACUACACCAACUACAGCAACUACACUAACUACACCAACUACAGCAACUAUACUAACUACACCAACUACAGCUACUACACGAAUUACAGCAACUACAUCAACUACAGCUAAUACAGCAACUACAGCUACUACACUAACUAUACCAACUACACUAACUACACCAACUACACUAACUACACUAACUGCACCAACUACACUAACUACAGCUACUACACCAACUACACCUGCUACAGCUACUACACCAACUACACCAACUACACUAACUACACUAACUACAGCUACUACACCAACUACAGCUACUACGCCAACUUCAGCCACUACGCCAACUACACUAACUGCACCAGCUACAGCAAUUACAGCAACUACAGUAACUACACCGAUUACAGCUUCUACACCAACUACCCCAACUACAGCUACUACACCAACUACAGCAACUACAGCAACUACAUCAACUACAGCAACUACACUAACUACACCAAUUACAGCUACUACACCAACUACAGCUACUACAUUAACUAGAGAAACUACAGUAACUACAUCAACUACCGCAACUACACUAACUACAUUAACUACACCAACUACAGCAACUACAGCAACUACAGAAACUACAGCAACUACACCAACUACACUAACUACACCUACUACAGCUACUACACCAACUACACUAACUACACCAACUACAGCAACUAUAGCUACUACACCAACUACAGCUACUACACCAACUACAGCUUCUACACCAAUUACAGCAACUACAGUAACUACAGAAACUACAGGAACGACACCAACUACAUUAACUACACCAACUAUAGCAACUACACCAACUACAGCUACUACACCAACAACAGCAACUACAGCUACUAUACCUAGUACACUAACUACACCAACUACAGCUAUUACACCAGUUACACUAACUAUAGCAAUUACAUUAACAUUCUCAUAGUGGGCUUAGUGGUCACUUAAUGUCUAUAUUCGUGACGGUUAUCAUGAACCCAUUACCCUCACGGCAAAGCAAACAAACAGCAAACAUACCACUCCACCGACUACAGCUGCUCAUGAAGAUAAAUAUUUCCCGGCUACACUAAACGUGCCCUUAUAUCCUGAAUUUUCCGAGGAAGAGGUAAAUGUUAUGCAGACGAAAGUUUACAUCGAUGUAGAAAAGCAUGAUUUAAAGUUUUGAAAUACCUUCAAUUAUUAAAAAAAAAAUAUUUGAUUCUGCUUUGUAUGAUAUGACGAAUUAUGGAGGUCUCGAGGGGUGGGGGGCUGGGGGGAUGGGAAGGGGUUAUAUAAUAAUUGCUGAAUAAUUGAUCAAAGUUACGCUGAACUGCGAUCAGGCAUAUGCAAAAUCUCUUAUCUUUACGCCAAGCUUCACUGCAUUUUCCAGAUAUCGACGAGUGUUCUUCCAACGCCCAUAGCUGUGGCGUCAAUGCGAUGUGUAACAAUACUCUUGGAUCGUAUGCAUGCGCAUGUAAAGCAGGAUAUUCAGGAGAUGGAAGAACAUGCACUGGUAAGGCGUUUUGAUCUUUUUCUAAAGGUGACAUAGAGGAAAGGGAAUACUUUCAAUGACUCCUGCAAACUUGUUAACUCGAGUACAGACGAAAAAGGUUUUUGAUAGGCCAGACAACAACGAAACCAACAACAGAAACAAUUAUAUACUUUGUUGAAUAGGGGUUAACUUAGACUACCGGCUGCCUGGUAUAGCCAUUAGACAGCCAUUAAUAGCGAGGUUGCCAGCUGAUGUGAUCAUUAAAUGAAAAUGACCCAUGAAGCCCGUAAGCAGCAGUCUUUUACGUGCGGGGCCGGGGGCGCUGGUUUCGGAACGAGGAGGGUACGCAGAUGGGACUGUUAUGACUAGGAGUAUUAUCAUAGAUUAGGGAGUGCGUUCGACAUGGGUAAUAGGCGGAUAGUAAAGGAGCUGAAGCAUAUUGUGAACUUUGAGACGUGGGGAGUUUUAGUUCAUAAGCCCGGUUGGAUUAUAACAGAAUUAGCAGUUUGUGUUUUCCUGUGACAAAAUAUGGAUAAAUAGUAGAAACAGUAUUAAUGCAUUAUUCAAAGUACUUUUGUCUCGACUCUUUCUUCUUUGGAUAUGUGAAACUUUGGAGAGCUCUUCGCAAAGAAGAAUAAACGUCAACACGAUGCACUUGACGCGUCGUUGUAAAUUGUAAAUAUCUUAUUAUCCACCCCCCACAGGGCUUUUCAGGGAUAAUUUACAACACUGGUUGGGGGACUUUGCCAGACUGCUUAAGGUGCAGUUUACAAGUACUGGAGGAAUGAGUGGUGAUGCCCCCAUACAUGAGUGUGAAGUGAGAUAGACCACUACACCGGGCACUACGUGCCCUACUCUUUACGAAGAGUGUGUGUGUUCUUUACCGUCCCACAGAUUUAUUACAUGUGCAAGGGCUUGUAAGACGGGGCCUACGGUUUAUCGUCUUUAUCCGAGAAGACUAGAAAGUCUAACCAUUUGCAGAUGUUAUUACAAAUGCAGCACUUUCUCCUCAGUUAUUUAAAGACCCUGAGUGUUGGUCCGGCCGGGGUUUGAACCUACGGCCUCCCGCUCAGCAGACCGGCGCUCUCCCAACUGAGCUAACCGGUCGGCGGCGGUUAAAACACGUUUUAUUUGGGAAAUUUAAGUGACACGCACAUGGCUGAACAGAUGACACGAUCACUAGACAAAACUUGAUAAAAUAAUGGCCUAUUAAAGUCAUCCCUCGAAAUAAACCGCAUACUUAUCAUGUGACUAUUUCAUUUUCAUUUAGUCCUUGUUUGCAUAUAGUGAAAGUUCGUAUCGCCUGAACUAAAGGGAAUUUCUUGUCGCAUGCUUUCAGACUCUUUGUCUUCGCCCAAAGUGUUCAGUUCUGAUUAGUUACAAUAGAAUUUCUCUGCCUUACUUAAGUACGUUCACAGCACUAGAACGAAAGGGAAACGUUUUGCAACGAAAAGUCCAGAAAAUAUUAUUUUCAGAUACGUAACGAAAGAAAAUUACGUGACGCACCCACGAGAAUUGAUUGGCUGCAAAGGCUGAGAGAGCGCAAUGGACACAAGGCCCUGCAAAAAAAAAAACACCUGGGAGCGCCAUUUUAGCAACCAUAGGAAUGUCUGGAAGGUCAAAAUGUCCUGGCUAGAUCGUCUACAGGACACCCAAAAAAGAGAAACAGCCAACCACACACAAGAUCGGGGGGUUGCAUUCUAUUCGAGCGCAAAACUGCUACGGAAAAAUAGAUUUAGUUUAGAAAAAAUUGAAAUGUUAUUGUCGUCGUUCCUUUUUCCAUGACAUUAAAACUUGUCAAGACAGUGCAAACUCAAACAAUGUAAGUGCAACGGUUAUUGUCCAUUUAGUGUAACGAUUGCUGAAACCUGUUUUUGAUCAAGUUUAUGUUAUUUCAGUCCGUUUCCCUUGUCUCCUGCUACCUCUUUACUGAGAAAAUGGGCGCGAUUAUACUUAAUGUUAUUUUGUUUAUUUCCAGAUAUUGACGAGUGUGCUAGCGGUACUGAUGACUGUCAUAGUUCACGUGCUUUAUGUACAAACACAGUGGGAUCCUUUAACUGUUCAUGUAACAGUUCUUACAUUGGAGAUGGCAGAACUUGCAAUCUACCAUCAGGUAAUUAGGAAAAGAUAACGAGGAUAAUAUAAAUAGGAAGAUUUUCUUUUAUUAAACCCGUACACUAGUGAGUGAUGCACCAUGCGCUGACCUUGGCUGCUUGAACGGGGUUUUACGUUUAAAAUACAUUGGCCGGUUUAAAAGGAAAGCUUUUGAGUCCUUCGACCACUGUAUUGGUCACGGGGAAUACCCUUAUUUGUUAACGAAGUCCUGCAGGAAACGGCCUUGAGAGGGCACAGUAUACGGGUCAACUUGAGGGCAAGUCUACAUAUACUUUAAUGCAAUUUAUACUGUUACUUUAAGGGGAGUUCACUUUCUCAAGUUUGCCAAUUAACUGCGAUAGCAGUCACUAUCUCUAUGAAAAACCAAACAACAAUAACAAGGAGAAUUAUAAGAAUUACCUAAAAUAUUAGGAAAUACACGUGCCAGUUUCUGAAUCAGAAGUGCACGAACGAACAAUUUCCGGUUUGAUGGUAGUCUUAUGGAGUCUUUCGAGUGGUAUUCUUGAUUUCGGUUCUGUAAAAGACUCAUCAUAGUGCCCACCAAACAAAUCUUGCGGUGCUAUAUUUUGAGCAACAGGGUAGGAUAAUGAGGACCCUGCUACGCUUCCUUUUGUCUCUGGUCAAAUAACGGAUUCGACGAUCGACUUUUUUGCGUAUGUUCUAUAGUAUUUUGGUUUUCUUUGUUUGCUUUUACCCUUACGUAAAUUUUGGCUACUUGUAAAAAAAUGGCUCAGAUGGCUAAAUAUUCCCUACGUCAUGAAGCCGAGCAAGACGGGAAUAGCUGACACUUAAGUUGAUAUCGGGCAUCCUUGCUCAAUACAUUUAGAAACUACGUUUUCAUUUUUAGUGACCUUGUAUAAAUAUACUAUAGUGGUUAUACAGAGUGCUUAUAAGAAAAAGAAUUUUCAGUUAACAGUCUUUCGACAAUAGAACUGGCACAGAAAGAAUCUCAAAGUAGCGAAUAAACUUACGCGAAAGGUUUAUAAUCAAGCUUUUGCCAGAACGUUUUUAUAAAUGUCAGUAUUGAGUCAGCUUCGAGAUUACAAAAUUGAUGUCGUUACCUGUAAUUAUUAACUAUGGUCAAUUCUAAAAAUAUUCAAGCACUUUUUUAUGUAUGCACGGACCUAUUUUCCCUGGGAAAUACUUGGCAAAGCUUAAGGCGGUACAUGAAUCCAUGUAUUCCUGUAUCAAAAUUUAACGUCGUGUGUAACAGACUGAGAUAACUCAUCGGUUUACUGGCACAAGUUAUGACGAUGCCUAACAUAUACUGCUGAUGGGUAAUAGUGUUUUCUUCCUGUGUUUUUGUUGGUCAACAGUGAGCAUGUGGUUGGGGAAGUUAAAACGUGAAAAGUUCCCCUCUUUUACCUGGAGCUCGCCCCAUGUAAGGGAAUGCGGAUUCCGGAAUCCAAGAAAUUUUUGCUGGUGGAAUCCAGAAUCUGGGAAAUUGCUUGUGGAAUCCGGAAUCCUAGGUUUUGGAAUCCGGAAUCCUUCUAAAGAUUUAAAUCCAGAAUCCAAGGUUCCUAUGACAAAGACUGGAAUUCAGUACCUAGAAUCCGGAAUUCAAGGCGUGGAAUCCAGGAUUCAAGACUGUCUUAGAUUCCCUUACAUAGGGCGAUCGAGCUGAUGCACAACUGAAUGAAACGUUGCUAGCGGCUGUUGUUCUUUCUCUUCUUUUGUGUCAGAAUGUCAGAACUACGGGAGUCUCCACAGCGGAACCCGAAGGACUUCGUAUGGCUACGGCUAUUACUGUGAUAACGGUCUCGGCCCUGGAUGGUUCCGUUUCCAGGGGUCUGCCGGCACAAGAAUGGCAACAUCAUGUCCAUCUUACCGUAGGUGUGGUACCUAUGGUUCCGGCUGGCUAAGUGGAGGACACCCCUCAGUAGCGGACGGUCAGGUCACCAGGACGGUGUAUUUUAAUGAUGGUUACUGCUAUUCUUACUCAAAAAGAAUCAAAGUGAGAAAUUGUGGUUCAUAUUACGUGUACUAUCUUAGUGGUACACCUACCUGUAAUCUCCGUUACUGUGGCACUAACUAG